AUGUGUUCAUUAUUUUUUCAUGCAUAUCAAACAGAUGCGAAACCAUUUCCAUUAUCUGAUGUUUAUUUUACAGGAUUAUUAGCAGAAAUGUUUAAUAUACAAAGAUUAACUAUUUUUCCUAAUGUUGAUUAUCUUUAUGAAGAAAAAUGUAAUGAAAAAUUUUUUAAUUCGGCAAAGAAUCCCUUUGCUUGUGCUGCUUCAAAUGAUCAUUUUAAUGAAAAAAAUUCCGAUGGAGAUCGAAGUUUAAUGAAUGAUUACAAUUUAUUUUGGACGAAAUUAAUAGAGCAAUACGAUUCAUUAAAAACUAAAAAUCGAAAAUAA